ACCAACUGAGCUUUAAUUUUUUAUUAGGUUUACGAGAAAAGAUUUUACAAGUGCACUUUUGCUUUUACACAUGAUAGAAAAUAGCGAUACUACUAUAUGGCUAUCAGGAGCGUUAGCAGUGACAGCCUGCUCGAGCGCGUUUAUACUGUCGCUUCAACGUACUUGGCUACAUAAAACUCAACAACGAGAUCCAGCUCCACUUCGAUUUGACGAUAAGCGAGAUCUCACUCAACCAUGGGCCGACGACUCGUCUCGAUUAACAAGACUUUCAUUUGGGACUUGGACAUUAACUGCUUUAUCCGCUUUGAAUUUAUACAAUGUGAUUUCGCACCAUCAACAACGAGAAGAUUGGGCACUAACCGCUUCUUAUUGUGCUCAAUUUGUUUCUUGGCUAUAUGCUGCGGUCUUGGUGCUCGUUUCCCGUCGACACAAGUUUCCUAGUGAAUGGGGAUGGAUCCUUAAUGUUCAUUUAUGUAUCUUUUAUGUCUUGGCCUGGUGUCUUGCCUUGUAUGGUAUUUACGAAGCGUUUGUAUUGGACCCGAACGACAGUUGGCUUCAUAUGCUUCCUACCGUCUUGAAACUCUUGCUUGGUUCCGACCUUGUGUACACAACCGCCACCGUAUCUCGGGGACCACCAUUUUUAGACGAAAAUGGAAAGCCUGUGGCCAGUAUCAACGUGGCUUCCAUUUUUUCGUUUCUUUAUUUUGAAUGGGUUACACCUCUUGUUCAUUUGGCUUUCAAGAACCAGAAAUUGACAGAUGAUGAUUUACCUAGUUUACCACCAUUGUAUCGGGGCUAUAACCUUUACUACCUCUUUGGUGCUACUCGAAAUGGAGGAAAUUCGUUGAUUAAACGUAUUUAUCUUACAAAUAAACCAGCCAUUAUAAUCCAGGUUGUGCUUGCUGUGGUUACCUCGCUGUGUUACUAUGUCCCCGCUUACUUUGUGAAUCAACUUUUGAUCUUGAUUCAAUCCAUGAAUGGCGAAGAAGAUGAUGUUUCUAUCCGAAAAGGUUUUGUGAUCGUGGCAAGUCUUGCUGCUUCUAUAUUGAUUUUAGGAAUUUUUGUGGGUCAAUUGUGGUACUAUGCUUCAUCUUCUGUACAAGUACGUGUCAAGGCCAUGUUGAAUAUCGAGAUAUAUCGCAAGACUUUACGUCGUCGAGAUCUUGCUGUGGAAGCACCCAAGAUUGACGAUGAGGAAAAAGAUGGACAAGAGACAGAGAGCACCAAGAAAGAUGACCCAAAGAAGGGAGAUACCGCAUCUUCUACCGGUACCAUUGUCAAUUUAAUGAGCACAGAUUCAAACCGUAUUUCCGAAUUUAGUGUCUGGUGGUUUUCCGUCUUAUCUGCGCCUAUUGAAUUAGCUGUAGGUAUCUACUUUUUAUACACAUUAUUAGGAAAAUCUUGUUUUUUGGGCCUCUUGGUCAUGGUUAUUGUCUUGCCUUUAAAUCAUUACAAUGCCAAAAUGUUUGCUCGUACACAAGAUCAAUUGAUGGAUGCACGUGAUAAGCGUGUUAACUUGAUGAACGAAGUAUUGCAAGGCAUUCGACAAAUCAAGUUCUUUGCUUGGGAAUCUAACUGGGAAAAGCGUAUUAUGGAAGCGCGCGAUGUCGAAUUACAUCAUUUGGGUAUUACCUAUCUCUCCGGUGUCUUGUUUACCUUUUUAUGGCAAGGAUCUCCAAUUCUUGUCACCCUCAUUACUUUUUGGUCCUUUACUAAAUUGGAGGGACAGGAAUUAACCGCUCCCAUUGCGUUCACGGCCAUUACUGUUUUUAAUGAACUAAGAUUUGCUUUGAAUAUUCUUCCCGAAGUCUUUAUUGAAUGGUUGCAAGCUUUAAUCAGUGUGAGACGUAUUCAAACUUAUCUUGAUGAGGCUGAAAUAGAUGCUCCCAAUGACCAAGUUACGCAACUUCAAGAAAGCAAUCAGGUUGUUUCCAUUGGUUUUGACAAUGCUACCGUUGGUUGGAGUCAGCAAAACUAUACGGAUGAAGUCUCUGAUGCACAAAAUAAUAUCACCACCAAUGCCAGUAGUACAAGUUUUAUUCUCAAGGAUUUGAACCUCAAGUUCCCCAACAAUGAACUUAGUUUGAUCAGUGGCUCUACCGGCUCCGGAAAGACUUUGUUGAUGUUGAGUUUGUUGGGAGAAGCUAUUGUCUUAAAGGGGUCUGCGCAUUGUCCUCGACAAGCAGUAGCAGAUACUGUUUCUGUAGAUUUUGUAGUAAAUCACGAGAUUGAUCCCAAGGAUUGGUUAUUACCUUAUGCGCUUGCCUAUGCAUCACAAAACGCUUGGUUGCAAAAUGCUUCGAUUCGUGAUAAUAUUUUGUUUGGUUUGCCACUCGUAGAAUCUAGAUACCGUGAUACAUUGACUGCCUGUGCUUUGGAUAAGGAUCUCGAGUUUUUGGAAGACGGAGAUCAAACCGAGAUUGGAGAAAAGGGAAUUACAUUGUCGGGCGGACAAAAGGCACGUGUGUCUCUUGCAAGAGCAGUUUACUCUCGUGCCCAAAAUGUCUUGAUGGAUGAUGUCCUUAGUGCUGUGGAUGCUCAUACCGCCAAACAUCUUUAUGAAAAAUGUUUACUGGGUCCUUUGAUGAAGGGUCGUACACGUAUUUUGAUCACACACCAUGUCAAGCUCUGUCUCAAGGGAAGUGCCUAUAUUGCUCAUAUUGAGGGAGGUCGAGCCAAUUUAUUUGGUACACCCAACGAGUUGCGUGAAUCUGGUAAACUUGCUACAAUCAUUGAAAGCGAGGAAGAAAUUGUACACAUCGAGGAGGACGCGGAAGAGGAAAAAGCGAUUGAGGAUACAUUGCCUCCUGCUAUUGAAACUGGUAUUAAAGAUUCCAAGAAGCCUCGUGCUCUGGUAGAAGAAGAAACUCGGGCCACAGGUAUGGUCAAGUUUAGACUUUACAAGUUGUAUAUACAGAUGGUUGGAAGUCCUUUGUUCUGGUUUGUAAUGAUUGUGUUGGUCCUUGGAUCGCGUGGAUUGGACAUCGCAGAGAAUUGGUGGAUCAAGCAGUGGUCACAUUCGUAUGAAAGUUCAAGUAAUCAUGAAACAUCUACCGUGUUCCAGCAUCAAAGCAUUCUUUCUCAAUCCAAACCCUUGUAUGCGUACCAACCCUUUUCCAUGUUCACCACCGAUCAGGAUGAACUGCUUGUGCGUACAACAGAUGCUAAGGAUGACUCUUUAAAUUACUACUUGGGUAUCUAUUGUUUGAUCACCAUGGUCAAUGUUAUAGUAAGCACCGCCCGUUUUGGUGUCCUCUAUUGGGGUGUACUUGGUGCCAAUAAGCGACUCUAUGCCGAGCUUUUACAUCGUGUCUUCCGAGCUCCUCUUCGAUUCUUUGAUACCACACCCAUUGGCCGUAUCCUUAAUCGAUUCUCCAAAGAUUUUGAAACGAUUGAUUCCAAUAUUCCCAACGACUUGAUGAAUUUUAUCAUCCAAUGGGUAAUUGUUAUCUCCAGCAUGAUGACGGUCUCUACGGUAUUACCUAUUUUUUUGAUCCCCAUGUUAUUGGUAGCCGGUGUCAAUAUUUAUUUGGGUGCCAUGUUUGUAUCUACCUCACGCGAGUUGAAGCGUAUGGAUUCAGUUUCUCGGUCACCCUUAUUUAGUAACUUUACCGAAACUAUUGUGGGUGUAGCUACAGUGCGUGCGUUUGGUGCAACACGACAAUUCUUGCAAGAUAUGUUGGGUUUGAUCGAUACCAAUGCACGUCCUUAUUAUUACACUUGGACCGUCAAUCGAUUCAUUAGUGUUCGAUUUGCUUUUACCGGUGCUGUCAUUAAUUUUUUUACAGGUGUCAUUAUUCUCUUGAGUGUUGAAAGUAUGAAUGCUUCUUUGGCAGGUUUCUGUCUUAGUUUUGUACUGUUAUUCACAGAUCAGAUGUUUUGGGGAAUUCGUAGAUAUACUAGUUUGGAAAUGAGCUUUAAUGCGGUGGAACGUGUGGUUGAAUUUAUGGAAAUGGACCAAGAGGCACCAGCAAUUACUCAAUUGAGAGCACCUGCUGAGUGGCCAACCAAAGGUAAAAUUGAAGUGAGGGAUCUUGAGAUCAAAUACUCUGCAGAACUCGACCCUGUUUUGAAGGGACUUUCAUUUUCUAUCAAGCCCAAAGAAAAGAUUGGUGUAGUAGGUAGAACAGGCAGUGGCAAAUCCACACUCGCGUUGUCCUUUUUCCGGUUUGUGGAGGCUUCCAGAGGUUCAAUUGUGAUUGAUAAUUUAGAUAUUAAGGACCUCGGUACGGAAGACCUCCGAUCUAAGUUAACCAUUAUUCCUCAAGACCCUACACUCUUUUCUGGUUCGCUUCGAUCUAAUAUGGAUCCCUUUGAUCAGUUUAAGGAUGAAGAUAUAUUUACUGCUUUACGUCGUGUUCAUCUUUUACCGAGCAAAGAAGCUUCAGGUACAACCACCAUUGCUUCCUCAUCUGACUCGACAGUGGAUGUAGUGAACUCCAAUGUCUUUAAAGAUCUCGAAACUACGGUAACAGAAGGAGGUAAAAACUUUUCACAAGGUCAAAGACAACUAUUAUGUUUAGCACGCGCUUUAUUGAAAAGCAGUCGUGUUGUAUUGAUGGACGAAGCCACGGCCAGUGUUGAUUUCGAAACAGAUAAGGCGAUUCAAAAGACAAUUUCAACAGAAUUCGCGGAUGCGACUAUUUUAUGUAUUGCGCAUCGUUUGCACACGGUGAUCGAAUACGAUCGUAUUUUGGUGUUGGAUGCAGGACAAAUUGUUGAAUUCGAUAACCCCUUGACGUUGAUCCAACAAUCUGAAUCGGCGUUUUAUAAAAUGUGUCGUAAUUCUGGUGAAUUUGACAGCUUGCUAGCUUUAGCCAAGUCAAAACAUGAGUUGGUCAAUGUCGAUGCCUAAGUUUUUUUUUUUAUAUAAAUAAAAUAGAGAGAAUUUACCAUA